GCCAGCCGUCGUGUUCGACUCGACGACGCCGUACUAGCCACUGUCGACUUCGACUUGACGACGGCCCAUUGUCGAGUCGGACUCGGACUCGACAAUGGCCCGUGGCUUUGGCGCUUGCCGCCCGCGUUUUGGACUCGAUGGCCCCCUGCUGGCCACUGUCGACUUCGACUCGACGACGCCCUACAGUCCCAUCGUCGAGUUCGACUCGACGACGGCGGGUUGGCCAUUGUCAUGUGCGACUCGACAAUGGCAGAGGCGUUGGAGCUGGACGGCUGUCGACUUCGACGUGACAGUGGCCAGCCGGCCGUCGUCGAGACGAGCUCUACGAACUCGACCUUCGGCAAGCACCAAGGCCACUGGCCAUCCGUCUGAGCUUUGUCGAUUGUCCUUCAUCGACCUUGUCGCGACGAACGCGACGAUGGAUAGCCGCAUGGAAUUUGUACGCCGCUCCCGUGUUCUGUUUGCCUGCUGUUGGAUACGCCGUCCCUUUCCCGUGUUCUGUUUGCCAGUCGGACCGAGUCGAACUGUCGCGCGGCCCGCCACUUUCAAGUCGAACUCGAUCGAGUCGACCUCCACUGAGUCCACCUCCAUCGAGUCGACCUCGAUCGAGUCGAACACGAUCGAGUCGAACACGAUGGAGUCGAACACGAUGGAGUCGAACACGAUCGAGUGGAACACGAUCAAGUCGAACAUGAUGGAGUCGAACACGAUCGCCUGGACUCACGAUCAGAUCGAACACGAUCGCUUGGACUCACAUUCGAGUCGAACACGAUCGCCUGGACUCACGAUCGAGUCGAACACGAUCGCCAGGACUCACGAUCGACUCGAACACGAUCGAGUGGAACACGAUCGAGUCGAACACGAUGGAGUCGAACACGAUCGCCUGGACUCACGAUCGGAUCGAACACGAUCGCCUGGACUCACGAUCGCCUGGACUCACGAUCGCCUGGACUCACGUUCAAAUUCAGCAGCGCUGCAAAAAAUGGAAGGAGAGGGGAAGGGAAGUAAACGACGAGCAAGUAAGAAUUCUGGGAGAAUGAAACAAUCUCCGAAAAAAUCGAAGGGGACGCCGACCGCUGGGUUUGGGAGUCAGGAGGCACCGGGGUCUAAGCGGCAACGCACCCCGGUUCCGAGGGGUGCACCUUCCACGGGCACUCCGUCGACUCGUGUUCGAGGCUCUGGACCGGAUAAGGCUGUGUUGAUGACUGGCGGGCCUGCGGGUCAAGAACGCGUGCCUGGUUCGCAGCAGGGGAGAUCUGCAGUGGAGGUUAUGCCCAGACGUAAACCGUCUGGAGAACGUAAACUGUCUGUCGAACGUAAAGCGUCUGGUGAAACGACUGCCGCGGGUCGGCGAGACGAUGUGCCCGUGAUUGACAACAAGAACAAGUUCUGGAUGCUGGACUGGGUGGGGGAGACCGGACAACCAUCGAGUGGCCUUGUUCUGUACGUGGUCAUCAAAGACAAUAUUGUGCCGGUUGGSGGCCUKGUGAGGUGGACUGGACAAAAUGUGUYGUCUGCAACUUUCGAGUUGAUGAUGGUCCUGAAUGGAAGAGGGGAAAGAAUACCAAACAUUAAACACGUCGCUCUUCGAUGGGCCAACCACGCGGGGUUCGGAAAGUCGCUGGUUGAUGUGUUCAACCCACCAGGGACAUUGAAAGUGAAGUUGCCUAACCUCGUUGACGUCCUUGGGUUUUUCGACAGUAAUGUGAUCGCGGGCAGAGAGCCAGUUGUGCAUCCAGAGGACCGCAUAUCAGAGCCUAAAUGCGUGCUUUCGAAAACCGUGGAGACAAGGCCUUCGAUCACGAUCCGCGAUACGCCGCCUGGUCCGAAAGCUGGGCAGAUCGAAGAGAAGGGUCCGUGCCGUGGACUGGUUGUACCGUCAGCCCCUAUGAAAACCAGGCCAACGGCGACCAAAGCACCAGUUGCCUUGAGCAGCCGAUCGCUUUAUGAUGUGGCCACCAAGGGACAUCUCCCCUUGGUGGGCCAGCAGCGCUAUGACUACACUGUGCCAAGCCGCGCAGAGGAAGCCCAUGAGUAUUUUGAAGAUGAGGAUGAAGAGAACAGCCAGGAAUAUUCGGAACGAGCAGGAGGACAGGAACAGUAUGCUGCGCGUGGCGGCGGCAUGACGAGGCAUCCAGGAGAGACAAGUAAAGUGGUUGGACAGGAUGAAGACAGUGAGCACACUAUGAGCGAAUUGGGUGAGGAGGUUGGUCUGGCAGGAGGAUAUGAGAGCAGCUACGAAGGAUGUGAGGGGGAUGUGCACGCGACAGUGGUUGUGGCUAGGCAUACAGAUGCUGCAGGGCUCGUUGAGCGAAAGAGGAAUCACAAGCGGGAGAGGAAAAGUCUUAUGGAUAGUAAACGGAGUAGGCAAGAAGCGGGUGAAAAAAGACAAUUGAAAAUAAUGCCCGUGGAUGAGGCGGUCUAGCGAACACGGGAGACUCAGGCAGCCGCGAAGAAAAAGCAGCAGCCAAAGAAAAGAAAGGCAAAAGGUGGUGUCAAGGAAAAGACUU